AUGUCCGAUAGUAUCAAAGACUUGUGUAAGAAGUACGAAGAUAAUGUUGGCGAACCGCGCGCGAGAAGCGUCGGGCUGUCCACAAUCCCCGAAUACCCGGAGAUCGAGGCGGAGCGAGGCAUGUGGUCAACCGCGCUCGACGCGAUCUGGACGACCCUGCGUUUCUUGGCGCCGGCUACUCUCCUGACGCUUCUGUGGGGCCAGCAGGGCUUCGUACUGAGGAUACUGAAGUACAUCGACUCUGCUUUCAGAGCUCUGCUAUUUUCGAGUGAGGAGCAGAAGCAAGCCGCGAUACAAUGGCUGUCGGAAUGCGGUCCAGUCCGUGUAGAGGAGCUGGGCACGGUGUGGAGGCACGGUUGGAUCGUCUGCGGGGCUCUGGACGCCGCUCUACCCGGCGCCUGCGCGGGCCACCCACCAACAAGUCUCUCGCUGAGGCACGCCCAGACAAUCGCCGAACACUACCUCGGUGUUAAGCCGGUGUUUUCGCAUCAGGAGCUGGAAGCAAAUGAAUAUUUAAGCAAACAUCUAGAAUGGAGACUCACGCAAUAUAUUAACAGUAUUCGCCAAGCUUUAUUAAAAGUAACUGCACCCGUCACAAAGCCCAGCCCGCAACAGACAUCUCCUGAUACGAGCCAAUACAUUUUUGAUUACGUAGCGAGAGGCUCGGGAUUUGAAAAUCGUUUUAAAUCUGCGAGUUCAACUUACGGAACUGCUGGUAAACAUGAAUCAGCGGAGGGUGAUCAGAAUCCAAGAAAUUAUACCAAAAGUACAAGCCACGAAACUAUAAACUGUGAUGUAAAUAUAUUAAGAGAAUCAACACAUGAAGAUAAAAGAGAUUCUACUUUCAAUCGAAGAAUGGUUGAAAGUGCACCGUAUUACAAUGAAGAAGAAUGCAAAAUUAUAACUGUUCGGGACGAUGAAAAAGAAUCUACAUACAUAAGCUUGUCAGAUAUUGACAUAGAAAUAGUGGAAAAUAAAUCAGAAAAAUCACUAGAGUCGUCGCCGGAGAGAGAUAUUGAAAUCGCUCAGACCGAUUAUAAAUCUCGUUUCAAAAUUGCAAGGCAAUACUUUCAGUCACUCGAAGAACUUAGGGAAGUCAAAAAGCAGCAUAAAAUGAACGAAUGUGAACAAUUAUUGUACAAUAAGUCAACAGAAUCUCUAAUAGAAGACAAUCAAAGUAAACGAUUAAAGAAGAAAAUAAAAUCACACACAAUGCCAUCGUCUCAGAUUUCUGAAUUUUGGAAUCAGCUGCAAGAGCAGGAAAACGAAACAAACGAGAGUAAACCUGUCAAGAUUUCGGAAAAGUUUCACGUGGAAGAUUUGUUUACUGACGUAAUGGACGGUAGGUUUAGCAGGCAAGGUAGUUUGAGAGGUAUUCCUCACAAGAAAGCGGUGCUGGAAGCGUUCAGAUCUAUGGAAAACAUUUCCGAUAGUAAACUAAGUCCGUACGAGCUAGCCGUGUCUCAGUUUAGCGAUUUUGACAGCGAAAACAAAACGAAAAAUGCGCAGACAUAUCUAAGCGAGUACCCUUACUUGCCUACGACAGAUCCCUCCAAAUAUCAUUCCAGAUUAGAUGUAAACGCUUCAGGUUUAAUAUCAUUCAAAGAGCUCCUAAACAGAAAAGACCGGAGAAACAGUGUCCCAGAUUUAAGAUUGAACCCAUCUUUUACCGUCAACCUU